AUGGGGUUCUGGGAUAACGACAGCGUGUCCAUCGUCUCCAAAAAGUCCCACAGCGGACGCACCAAAUACACCGUCCAGAACAAAAAGUCCCGCUCCCGAUCCCGAUCCCGCUCUCCGUCGCGCGAGUCUCGCCACAGCCGUAGCGCCUCGUCAUUCUUCUUCGGCGGUGGCAGCGGAGGCAAGCACGGCAGCUCGCGGGUGUCGCUCUUCGGCUCCUCGGACAAACACGGCAAGCACAAUAGUUCGAAGUCCUCCUUCUUUGGCCUUCCCAGCGGCAGUCGCUCCUCGUUUUUCGGUCUCGGCCGCUCCUCCUACUACAAACGCUCCCCUCGCAAAGGCUUCAUCCAUCGCGCCUACAAAAAACUCAAGCAACUCCUCCGCGACCUCGUCAAGUACGCCAAGCGCCACCCCCUCAAAGUCUUCCUCCUCGUCCUUGUGCCCCUCAUCACCGGCGGCGCCCUGACCGCCCUCCUCGCCCGCUUCGGUCUGCGCAUGCCCGCCGGAAUCGAGCGACUCCUCGGCGUAGCUUCCAAGGCAGCUACGGGCGAUGGAAUCGGCCUCGUGGGUGAGGCUAUGAAGAUGGCGGGGAGCAUCGCUGGCGGCGCGGCGGGCGCGGCGGAGGUCGGGCGCGGGAGGGAUGGGGAUUUUAGGUGGGAGAGGAAGGGUGAGGAUGGGUGGGGUGGUGGGGUUUCGAGUGUGAUGAAGAUGUUUUCUUGA